AAUGCCGAGAGAGAGCAAGUCUGAAUCCCAGAAAUAAAAUCGAAUUAAAAGUAGAACGAUACCAAGAAAAUACCGGAUCAUAUGGCGAAGAACAUUCUCCCCUGUAGAACAAUUGCUCAAGCAGUAUCGAAUAAUAUUCCACAAGAUCAGUAUAACAGGUGAAAGGUCCCAACAUGAAACAAAAAAAGUACGAAUGCAGUUCUCUAUCCAGUUGCCAUUGUUUUGAGCUGUUUCCAUGACUUGUAUACAAAUGUAGCAGUAGAGUAAUAAGUUUCAAUUAAACAAUGAAGACCUCUCAGACCUUGAGAUACACAGCAGCAAGCUUCACUAUAUAGUUAGUUAGUUAGUAGUUUUGUGGCUGGCUAUAAAGCUGGUAUAUGUUCAGUAAAUCUACAAACUGCCAAUACGUACACAAAAGCUUACUAUUACGUCAGCUUGGAAUGUGCUAAGUAAGUAAGUUGUUUCUAAACAAGGUUUAGUCCCUGGUGUAUAUACAGUGCUUUCAGCUUUGAUUUAACCACAGAGUGAGUAGUUGUACUUAAAUGUAUCUCAAGAUUGGAACCGCAUUUCUAAGAAAGACAAGAAGAGAACGAGUACUCUGAAGUGCAGAAGAAUCCGUUUGAGUGCAGUGUGAACACAGCCUACGACACUAACAGAACAGAGGGAACUGGCAUGUAUGCUCUACCGAACUUGCAAGAGAACAGAGAUGUGACUGACUGCUGGGGCCAGACGGAGACAGGUAGCUGUCUACGAGAUGCCUGACCUAAAGAGAAAUUCCGAAGAUAAACUAACCCUAAAGAGGCCAUCUAAAUGUGACGAGAAAACAGAUGAGAAGCAAAUGAAUUGCUGUUGUGGUGUUUUUCUAGCUCUAGUGAUUGGUGUCUUCGCUCUCAUGGUGGCUGCAGCAGCAAUCAGCUACUCUGUGAUACAGAUCUUAGAAUUGCAGGCUCAGCUAAACAACGAUAACAAAGCACUUCAAAUGUUGCAAGUUCAACUAGAAACUUCUAACCAACAGAUUCAAAUCUUGGAAACAAAGCUAAACAGUUCUCUCAAACAGACCGGAAUUGAAGUCAUGGGAUUACCAUCACAGCUAGAAGAAUUUAUGACACAACUUGGGAUGCUACAGAGCCAAUUUGAUGCUUUUGGUUCUACAGAACAGCCAAAUAAUGACCUACAAGAUCAAGUGAACACUGCUAACCAACAGCUUCAGACACUGCAAGUAUUUCAAACUCAACAAGAAAACAUUUCACAGGCGUUGCUUAGUGACAUCGAUACCUUGCAGUCAAACGUACAGACUCUAAAGUUGUUUUAUCCUGGUAUUACUAUGGAUAAUCCAGCUAGCUCUUGCGGUGAUAACGGACCUUCUGGAAUGUACUGGAUUCAAACUAGCAGUACUAGCUCUCCUGUUCAGGUCUACUGUGACAUGAAUCGAACAAGCUGUAGUUGCAGCUCUACAGGCGGAUGGUUGCGGAUAGCCAACCUUGACAUGACUGACCCCAACCAGAACUGUCCGAAUGAAUUAAAUUUCUUUGGCCAGGGAAAUCCACGAACAAUACGUACUUGUGGUAGGCCUGGAAAUACACUAGGUUGUGUGUCUACCACUUAUUCAACAUAUGGUGUGGAGUACUCCCAAGUAUGUGGUCGAAUCAUAGCCUAUCAACUUGAUACAACGGAUGGCUUUCAACCCUAUCAGAGCAAUAAUUCGCUAACGAUAGACUCAAGUUACGUUGACGGUGUUAGUUUGACGUACGGACAAUCACCCCGGCAACACAUAUGGACGUUUGCUUCAGCUUUCAAUGAAGGAGCAAUGGACGCGUUGAUAUGUCCCUGCAUUCGAUCUAAUUUUACAGGCACUGUUCCUCCCUUUAUUAAUCAAGACUACUUUUGUGACACAGCCGGUGGUGAGGGGAUUAAUCGAUUCAAUUCCUUUGAUCCGCUAUGGGACGCAAUGGGGUGUGGGGGUGAAAGCACUUGCUGUGAGUUCAACAAUCCACCGUGGUUCUGCAGGCAACUCCCUCAGCCAACCACAGAAGAUAUCGAGCUGAGGAUUUGUGGAAGUGAGACUACUGGUAGUGAAGACACACCUCUCGAGCAAGUGGAACUCUAUGUACGCUAAUUGCUACAGUGCAUGUAAGUACCGCUAUAGUCAAUACUGAACGUAAAUAUAUAGAUCUCAAUGUCAGUUGUAUAACUUCCAUUAGUCGAAUAUUGUACGUAUUUCAUGACUGCAGUAUUUUAUUAUCAUUUUUAUACAUUAUUAUACAAUUUAAUGCGCUGAUUUAUCCUAAUCUUUUUAUUUUUAUGUAGCAACAUAAUUGUUUGCAUCCUCAA